AUGAACAAAUACCAGCAACAGGUUUCCAUCCAAUCCGAAGAUAUGUGUAUGCGUCCAACACACACUUAUACCUCACCUGCUGUUCAAUCAGUGGAUAUUUAUGAUACCCCAAAUAAUAAUGAGUUGAUUGCCUACAAUGAGGUUCGUAUGGAAGAUCAAUUUCAUGGUGAUGUAAUUUACGAGGAUGAGAAGGAUAUAGACGAAAAAGAUUAUGACGAGAAGGACUUAGAUGAGAAAGACUUAGAUGAAAAAGACCUAGAUGAGAAAGAUUUUGACGAGAAGGACCUGGAUGAAAAGGAUCUUCUCAACUUUAUUGAGAAGCACUACUAUGAAAAAGCAUAUGUUGAUUAUGACGACUUGACGAAAAAUAAAGAAGACUACGAUUGGUUUAUGCCUGAUGACAAAGAAGAAUUACAAAAUCGUGCUGGUGUAUUCAAAAAAUGUAAAAGCUUGCUUAAGUAUGCUGCUGUAAUAUAUGGAGUUGUUUUCAUGAUUGGUUACUUUGCUAUGUAUAGAAAUUAG